AUGACACGAAGGUUUACCAUGACGCCGAACUCCAGGAACUCCAUAAAGACGCCUAUUUCUGGGAUAAAGGCUGUGCCAUUUCCAAGGCACUCGAUGGCAGCAGAUGAGGUCAGAAGGCGAGACAUGAGGAUGGUCAGGGAAAAGGGAUACAAGCAGCAGUGUGUCGAUGGCAUUUUUAAGUUUCUGGUGGAGAACGGAUACGAUGGGCAGGUAUCGCAGAAGAUUUUGCACAAUCCGUCUUCAAAGGAUUUCCAGAGUAUAUUCAAGUUUCUGUAUGGAUUUAUCGAUGACUUUGUGUUUUCCUCAAGGUUUGAGGACGAGGUUGUGAUGGUUAUGAAGAACCUAAGGUAUCCGUACUGUGGAGAGAUUACAAAGAGCCAGCUGAGUGCGAUAACUCCACACACGUGGCCUGUGAUUUUAAGCAUGUGCAGCUGGCUUGUGGAGCUGAUAAGCCACGGGGCCUCUCUCCUUGAGCAGGAGGAAGAAAGGAAUGUCGAAAGCUGCUUCUUUGAGUAUGUGUGUGAUGGAUAUAUGAGGUUUAUGGAGGGAGACGAGGAGGACGGAUGUCUUGAGGAGGAGUUUGAAAGGAAGGUUACCGAAAUAUACACUGGGAUGUUUAGGGAGAUUGAUCGGAAGAAGGACGAGCUUAGCAGAAUUGAGGAGAUGAUAGGCGAGGCGAAGAAGGUUUCUGAAAGCAGAGGGGAGUUGGAAAGAAAGAAGAGAGAGCUGACCGAUGAUCUGAACAUGUUGAUAGCCUCUGAGAAGCAGCUUGAGGGGAAGAAGAGGAAGUAUCUGGGGGCUAUAAAUAGGUUAACUGAGGACAUUAUAAAGAUUGAGGAGGAGAUUGAGGGCCUGAAGGUCCAAGAAGAUGGGCUGAGGGCACAAAUAACAAGGCAGAAAAUCAAUCCCGAGGAUGUGAGGGAGAUGAACGAGGAGAAGAUGGAACUGUUCAAGGAGCUUGAAAGGAUGAAGCCUGAGAAGGAGGGGCUUAUGAAGGAGGUGGGGGAGCAGGAAAGAGAAGCGCAGGAAAGGGUUGAAGAGUUGGAGAAGCUUUUCUUUGAUCUUAAAGGCCUUCGGGACGAGAUUUCACUAAGGAUUGUGAGGGAUGUGAAGGGAGGAGCAAGGGUGAUGAAUGAGGUGAGCGGAGAGAUGUUUGAAAGUGGGAUAUCUGAUGUGGUUAUGGGGCUUGAAGAGGAGCUGAAUGGCAAAAACGAUGUUCUUGUGGCGGCCGAGAUGAAUAAAAGCAUGCUUGAGGAGGGAAGAUCUGAGAGGGAGAGUGUAUCGAAUGAUCUGAACAGCAGGCUCAAGUACUGCAGUGACAAGCUUGUGAUGGCUGGGAAGCUAUAUCUGGAGAAGAAGGAGAUAUCUGAGAGUGAGCAGAGGAAGAGCAAGACUGAGAUGGAGCAGCUUGAGAAUGAGCUCUUGAAGCUUAACCUGGAGUCCAACACGUCUUUGCUGAUGAGCGAGCAAAAGCUGCAGAAGGCUAAGAUAGUUCUCGACAGAACGCUCAAUUCGAUAAACUAUGAAAGAGAGGAGAUCAAUAAGAUGAUAUUCAGCUUCUACAAUGCCGUUGUUGAUGUGCAUGCAUCGAUCCAGUCACAGAUAGGCGACCUUCGGGCGUUGCUUAAUAGAUGA